UGCCCUUAACAAAACUCCCAACAGAGCAGUGCUUAUUUUUACAACUUCCUUAUACUGUUGUCGGCCACCCAUUGCUGCACUGCUUUAGAAGUUUAUUAACUACAGGUUUCCUUAAAAGCUACAUAGCAGAUCUGCGACCUCAGUCUACGUCCUCCUUGACGCUGGUUGCCACCCGCCAUAAAAUAGAAAAAAGAAGAAAAGUGACUUCAGUGCAUUUCAGUCAAUCAGACAGCACAGAUGGCAGAGAGUGACAGGUGGAUGGCAAGAUAAUGGAGCCAAUGAAUUCACCUGAAACUGCAGACAUUCAGUCAGAGCCUGCUGUCCCACUGCCUCCUUCUAUUUAUGUUCCUCCCCCACUGAGAGAUGGUGAGUGUUACCAUGUCUUCAUCAGCUACAGCAGCACUGACUACCAGUGGACCCACUCCGUCAUCAACCAGCUGGAGUCCUGCGGCCUGCAGGUCUGCUACCAUGAGCGGGACUUCACUCCCGGCCGCACCGUGUUGGAAAACAUGUCGGACUGCAUCCAGGAGAGCCAGAAGGUGCUGCUGGUCCUCAGCCCGGAGUUUGUGAGGAGCCGCUGGUGCCUCCUGGAGGCCAACAUGUCUUUGUUCAGAGAUUGCUUGGGGAGGAAACCCAUCGUCCCAGUGCUGCUGGAGCAAGGAGUCUCUGUUCCUCUCCACCUCUGCCACCUCACCUACCUGGAGGCCAACGACCCCGACUUUGAGAGUAAGCUGCUAAAGGUGCUCUGCACCGCCAACCAGCAGCUUCAAGGGUCCACUGUGGUGCCUUUCCAGCCUCCCUCUAUCUACAACGGGAAGGUCCUGCAGCCUUUGAUUGCCGUCAACGAGGAGGGACUAAGUAAAUGGGAUUGUGGUCAGUUCAGUGACAUGGAGGUGCCGGACCAACUGCGCCUGAUCAUUGAGGACCACGACAAGUACAGAAAGGCCGUGAGGAUGAUCAAUAGUGUCUCUCAAAAUAAAAUGCACUCACUUUCGUUUACAAUACUGACAGGUGUUUGUUUUACAGUAUUGUUUUUACUUAUGCUGGCUUUAAUCACAAUGGUGAUUGUCUUCACAAUGGAUUCAUUGAAGAAUAGAAAUAUUUGGGGGCUCUUUAUUUCUUGUUCCUGCUGUGUGCCAUUGGGUUUGCUUAUUGAGGCUGCUCUCUGGGAAAAGGAUCAAUUGAAGUACAUAGUGAGGGAAAUGCAGAAAGCUAUAGGCCAGGCAAACAUUAUCCUCUGUGAGGACAAGGUGUUAAUGGGCUGUCGGUCCAAUUCAAAAAUCUAUCUGGUGUAUGUUUCUCUGGACGGUUGCAAACGUGAGUUUGCAGAAACAUUUUCUGAGCAGGCUUGUGCUGAGGAUAUGUUUCAAAGAGCUCUGACCUUCUUCUCAUCAGGUUACGCCUGCUGCCUUGCUAAAAGACACUUUCCCUUUCCCCAGCCCGGCUCCACUGGUCACCUGGAGGGAGGGGUGUGUUUCUGUCAGUACGUCUCUCAGCAGCUGAGUACAGAGCAAUGGGAAUAGUAGUGUGGACAAGUUUGUCUGUUGGUACUUUUUGAUGAAAACUCACCUCAUCAACAUGUCUGGACUCAUACGAGCGUCGAGAGUCAUUAAAGGCACAGUAACUUCAUUCAUGUUAGAAGCCCCUCAGACAUCAGAACGGACACUGUUCCUUUAACGGACCUGAAAGCAGAACAAUGUUUUUUUUUUUUUUUCUGGUUUCCGAGUUUACUUUCGGUUCUUGAUCAUCAACACGGUGUGACCAGUCUUCAUUGUAUUUGCUUGAAUUUACUUUAUCAUGAACAGCUUUUUUCAUAGAUAAUGGAGCCAAUGAAUUCACCUGAAACUGCAGACAUUCAGUCAGAGCCUGCUGUCCCACUGCCUCCUUCUAUUUAUGUUCCUCCCCCACUGAGAGAUGGUGAGUGUUACCAUGUCUUCAUCAGCUACAGCAGCACUGACUACCAGUGGACCCACUCCGUCAUCAACCAGCUGGAGUCCUGCGGCCUGCAGGUCUGCUACCAUGAGCGGGACUUCACUCCCGGCCGCACCGUGUUGGAAAACAUGUCGGACUGCAUCCAGGAGAGCCAGAAGGUGCUGCUGGUCCUCAGCCCGGAGUUUGUGAGGAGCCGCUGGUGCCUCCUGGAGGCCAACAUGUCUUUGUUCAGAGAUUGCUUGGAGAGGAAACCCAUCGUCCCAGUGCUGCUGGAGCAAGGAGUCUCUGUUCCUCUCCACCUCUGCCACCUCACCUACCUGGAGGCCAACGACCCCGACUUUGAGAGUAAGCUGCUGAAGGUGCUCUGCACCGCCAACCAGCAGCUUCAAGGGUCCACUGUGGUGCCUUUCCAGCCUCCCUCUAUCUACAACGGGAAGGUCCUGCAGCCUUUGAUUGCCGUCAACGAGGAGGGACUCAGUAAAUGGGAUUGUGGUCAGUUCAGUGACAUGGAGGUGCCGGACCAACUGCGCCUGAUCAUUGAGGACCACGACAAGUACAGAAAGGCCGUGAGGAUGAUCAAUAGUGUCUCUCAAAAUAAAGUGUGGUUGCGGCAACUUUGGCUUAGAGUACUGAUCUACAUUACAGGUUUAAUUUUUUUUUUAAUCUCGGUAGCAUUUUUUAUAUUUCCAACAUUCCUACUUAUUGAUGUCUACAGUUUGACCAGAAAGUACCCUAUCCUAUUAUUGGUCCUCACUAUUUCUAGUUUCUUCUGUGUUCCACUGGGGUUGCUUAUUCAGAUGGGUCUCUGGAAAAAGAAUGAUGAGAAAUACACAUUGAGGGAAAUGCAGAAAGCUAUAUGCCAGGCAAACAUAAUCCUCUGUGAGGACAAGGUGUUAAUGGGCUGUCGGUCCAAUUCAAAAAUCUAUCUGGUGUAUUUUUCUCUGGACGGUUGCAAACGUGAGUUUGCAGAAACAUUUUCUGAGCAGGCUUGUGCUGAGGAUAUGUUUCAAAGAGCUCUGACCUUCUUCUCAUCAGGUUACGCCUGCUGCCUUGCUAAAAGACACUUUCCCUUUCCCCAGCCCGGCUCCACUGGUCACCUGGAGGGAGGGGUGUGUUUCUGUCAGUAUGUCUCUCAGCAGCUGAGUACAGAGCAAUGGGAAUAGCAUAACAUUAUGGGCCUGCAAUGAGUAACUCGGUGCAACUGGUGAUUCAAGACAAAUCAUUUUUCUUUGGAUUUCUUUUUCAAUGACCCCAAGUUUAUAUUUUGUUGUACCUUUGAUGUACACUUUUGAUGUAUUGUGAGUAUGAAUGUUAUGGAUGUACGUAUUCCAGUUAAUGUAAUAUUCUUAUGGAAAAAUAGACCCCACGAAGAGUAGCUUCUGUUUGAGACAGGCAGAAGCUAAUAGGGAUCUUAGUAUACAAACAAACAAUAUUAUAUAAAGAUUACCAAGCAAACAACUCCCUGUUCGUGGCAUAUCAUUUCCCAUACGUUUCUCUACAUCAAGUAGAGACGCAAAACAGAUGGGGAGAGAUUAAUUUGCAGUUUCCUAUUUUAUAUAAUUAUUCUUGAAUAGCUAGUGUUGUCAUAUUUUUGUGUUUGAUCAUUUUCAUGCUGUUUCCAUUGUUAAUUACUUCAAUAAAAUGUAU